AUGUCGUCGGCACCACCUACCACGGCGCUGCCCACCUUUUACUGGGUCGUCUUCGGCCUCUAUGAGCCACUGCUCACGAUCCUCGGGUUUAUGGGUGCCAUCGUUGACCCGAAGACGGCACCUUGGCCCGCGGGCGGGCCCCCUGCGGACAUGCCCCUAGCGACGCGUGUCACCAUCCUACAGCUAGGACACGUCGCAGGCCUGCUCGGCCUUCUCAACUUCUUCGUGCUCUCGGCAUGCCGAAAGCACUUGUACUCGCAACCGGCACUCCAAGAGAAGAUUGUCGGCGCGCUCCUCAAGCCGCUACUCCUUGGUGACUUCCUACACAUUGGGAUCACGCUCUGGGCACUUGGAGACAGCAGAUGGGAGAUUGCGAACUGGGGAGGGAUUUUGUGGAUCACAGUGGUCACCGGCUUCAGCCUGAUGAUCCCGAGGAUGACCUGGCAUAUGGGGGUCGGUCGUUAUGUCGACAAAAGAGACGGCUAUCCCGCACUGAAGAAGCAUUGA